ACAUAAUUUACAUGUUGUAUGGAAGUAGCGCAGUUGAAGCGAGAUUUACAUUUGUAUUGAUGUUUAAUAUCUCUUUUCAUUUUACAUAAUACACAUAAACUUACGUAUGUGUUUGUCUGCAAUAAAAGUUGCCUACACUCAGACUCACUGCACAAUAGUGAUGUAAACAAAUUCAACGAAUGGAAGCAAUAAGAGAGCAAAGAAGAACGGAAAAAGAGGGAGAAAGAACCAAUAAAGUUGGUUUUUGUUCGUUCCAUAUCGCGGUCGUGUGGAAUUAUAAUUGUUUUAAUCAUCCAGAUAUCGCACUAACACACAAAUAUAUGAUGUAAUGCUUACUGAUAGUAAUAGCUACAAAAUGCACAAUAACAUCGCUUUGUUUUGAUAUUACCGUUCAGUAUACGAUCACGACCGAUUAAAUAAAGUUCAUUUGUCUUUAAUAAAAUACGCAUUUAAAAAAAAUCACUCAACCGAAUCCAAUGUGUUGAAAUGGAUUUUUUGAGUGGGCUUGCUAUUGUUCUUAUUUCGAUUGUGACUAUUGUGUAUGGUUAUUUUAAAUAUUCGUUUGGCUAUUGGAAAUCGCGAAACAUUCCACAUGAAGAGCCAUCAUUUCCAUAUGGAAACAUCAAAGGCUUUGGCACAACAAUUCAUUCAUCACUUUGUAUCAAACGAAUUUACGACAAAUUCAAACCGACUGGUGCCAUAUUUUGCGGCGCAUAUUUCUUUGCUCGUCCCGUGGCAAUCAUACUGAAUUUGAAUUUUUUGAAGAAUAUUCUAGUAAAAGAUUUCGCCAAUUUCAAUGAGAGAGGCUUCUUCUACAAUGAAGAAGACGAUCCAAUUAGUGCGCAUCUGUUUGCUAUGGAUGGUGAUAAAUGGAAAGAAUUGCGUGCCAAGCUAACGCCAACAUUCACGAGUGGGAAGAUGAAAUUCAUGUUUCCGACGGUGGUCGAAGUCGGUAAACGAUUUAAAGACUGUCUUAUCGAUGUUGUCAAAGAAAACGAUGAGCUGGAAAUUAAGGAGCUGUUGGCACGGUUUACCACUGAUGUCAUUGGAACGUGCGCAUUUGGUAUCGAGUGUAAUAGCUUGAAAGAUCCAAAUGCUGAAUUUAGAAAAUACGGUCGUGAAGUGUUCGGAAAACCGCGACACAGUCCAUUGGCUGGCGUAUUCUUGGGCGGCUUCAAAGGCACGGCCAGAAAACUACACAUCAAAAAUAUUCGCGAUGAUGUUUCGGAGUUUUUCAUGAAAGUGGUUCGCGACACAGUCGAUUAUCGAGAGAAAAACAAUGUGAAUCGUAAUGAUUUUAUGGACAUUUUGAUCAAACUAAAAAAUCAAAAGGGAAACGAUAAAGACAAAAUAACACUAAAUGAAAUCGCAGCACAAGCGUUCGUUUUCUUCCUCGCUGGAUUUGAAACGUCGUCGACAACACUCACAUUUUGUUUGUAUGAAUUGGCUAUGAACGCCGAGAUACAAGUCAAGGCCAGGCAAGUGAUUCAGGAGGCGUAUGAAAAACACGGAAAAUUCAUAUACGAAAUGAUGUUAGACAUGCCCUAUGUGGAUCAAGUGCUUCAAGAGACCCUUCGUAAGUAUCCUCCUCUGGCUAAUUUGAAUCGUUACACAAAAAACACAUACAAAGUGCCUGGAACGGAUGAUGUCAUCGAAAAAGGAACACCAAUUAUCAUUCCCGCAUUGUCCAUUCAACGCGAUCCAGAAUACUAUCCAGACGCAGAGAAAUUCGAUCCGGAUCGAUUCAACAGUGAAGCAGUAAAGCAACGAGAUGCUAUGACUUGGUUGCCAUUUGGUGAGGGUCCCAGAAACUGCAUUGGGCUUCGUUUUGGCAUGAUGCAAGCACGCAUUGGACUUGUGACCAUCCUGAACAAUUUCGAAGUUUCAUUUGGCCCCAAAUCUACUGUACCUCUUGUCAUCGAUGCAAAAUCAGCAUUCUUAUCACCUGAAGGCGGCGUUUACUUGAAAUUCAAACCGAUUCAAUCGUAAAAAUUUCCGAAUACGAUUGUCAUAAUCAAAACGUACGUUAUAAGGUGCUUUUAGCCGUACUAAUCGGACAACAAACUCUUCUCGAUAACUAUAACAAAAAAUAGCUGGUACUUCGUAUAUAAAUUGAAUUGUAUUCAACUCAAAUGUUGCUCGCUAUUUGAUAAAUACCUUUGUGUAUCGAUUAAUACUUUUGAUCUUGAUAAAUAAUAAAGUAUUGCUUGAAUAUUUCAUCUGAUUUCAAGUCGAAACCAUUUUUCAAUAGCUAAAAAAUGAUGUGGGGUUCUUUGAGAAAUGUUUUAAGAACGUUUGAACCAGGGUGGUUUUUUUUUCAUUUCUCAAAGAAAUGGCAUUUUUUUAAGAAUAAAAAACAAGAAAUCCAAUUUAAAUUUUUGGGCAAAUAACAAAGGAAUGGAAAGUUUUUUGCUUUUCCUUUUGAGGUGAACAUUGACCUUAGCCGUUAGAGUGAUGAACACUGACCUAUGAUAUGUUCGGUAUCGAUCUCAGCUGAACAUUACUGCUUUUUGUACACUAUAGCGUGAUCGUGUAUGACAUAGUAUGACAACAGCUGUUUGCGUUCUGUUUUGUGUUCGGUGUCCGCAACGACAUUCUCUCUCAAAUAAGUGUUUACUUCAAAGCAAGUCUUACUGAAUGCACACACAAACCCAAUGUAUGGCAUUGUGUGCUAUGCGUCAAAGAAUCAAAGAAUACCGCUACUACACUUGUUAUAAAAACUAUAUUGAACAUUUUAUUUUUUUUUUUCAAUUUUAAAUCCAAGGCUUUAGAUUGGAAUAUAGUUAUUUUGGAGAAGUGCACCGAGCUACGGAGCAACGGUCGCACCGUAAUAUUGUAGAAUUUGCAUACGUCAAACAUGUUCCAUGCUUCAAGCAUGGUGCUUAAAUACGACCGAAAACGAAUAGUUUUUUUCAAAACCGAGCCACUUGUGUUGCUUUCCGCUUUUCUCAUCGUUCGAUUUUACCUUUCUGGCAAUAUUCAAAUUUUGUUUUCAUUUUUUUCAAUUUUUCCAAUGUUUUAUCUACUGAAACCCAAAUGUAACAUUAUAUCAAUGAAACAACGAUUAUGGCACAUCACUGAAAUUCCAUCAUGGUAUUUCUACAAUUGAAAAAUAUUUUUUUUGAUAAUUAAACAUCGUGCUUCUAAUAAAUUGGCCAAUGGCCAUAGCAUCAAUUUGAUGAGUCACGGUGAAAGUGUCAUUCUGCUUUGGAUUGUGUUUCUUAUUUUGAAUUAUAGAGCAUCAAGUCAAGCGAACAAGUGUAUCGCACCAUAAAGCUAUUGUACCACAGCAAUACAUUUUAGUGUGCUAUCAUCGUUCACAGGUGCGUGAUGUUUUGUGUUCCGCAAAUCAAACGUCAAAAAAACUACGCAUUUCAUAAUACCACUUCAACACAAUACAUUGGACAGAAAAAAAAUACAAAAUCCGAACCAAAAAAAAACUAUGGGGUUAAUGGGUGCAGUUGUCAUAAGUUUGGUCUCAAUUUUAACAAUAGUGUAUGCCAAUUUCAAGCAUGCAUACGGAUAUUGGCGAUCGGGAGGGAUUUCACACGUUGAGCCCGAAUUUCCAUUCGGUAAUAUCAAAGGUUUUGGCAAAACGGCCCAUCAAUCGCAAUUGAUCAAAGAUAUUUACGAUAGACACAAAUCAAGUGAUGCAAAAUUUUGUGGCAUUUACUAUUUUGCUGGGCCCGGUGUCAUUUCAAUGGAUCCCCAUUUGAUGAAAAGAGUUUUAGUGAAAGAUUUUGCGAAUUUCAAUGAACGAGGGAGAUGAUCCAAUUAGUGCGCACCUCUUUUCAGUGGAUGGAGAAAAGUGGAAAAAACUGCGCGCUAAACUCACCCCAACAUUUUCGUCGAGCAAAAUGAAAUUCAUGUUUCCGACGGUGGUCGAAAUGAGUGAACGAUUCAAAGAUUGCUUGAUUGAUGUUGUGAAAAAAAAAAUUCUGAUCUGGAAAUUAGAGAUUUGAUGGCACGCUUCACCACCGAUGUCAUUGGCACAUGUGCAUUUGGCAUCGAGUGUAACAGUUUGAACGAUCCAAAUGCCGAGUUUAGACAGUACGGAAGCGCAGUAUUUGGAAAGCCAAGACAUCAUUCGUUGAUUGCCGUUAUGUUAAAUGGUUUUAGAAAUUUACACAUCAAAAUCAUACGCGAUGAUGUUUCGGAGUUUUUCAUGAAAGUGGUUCGUGAUACGGUCGAAUAUAGAGAGAAAAACAAUGUGAAUCGAAAUGAUUUUAUGGACAUUUUAAUCAAACUGAAGAACCAAGAGACAAACGAUAAAGAUAAGAUAUUAACUUUGAAUGAAAUCGCAGCUCAAGCAUUUGUUUUCUUUUUGGCUGGAUUUGAAACAUCGUUGACAACGUUAUCAUAUUGUUUGUACGAAUUGGCCAUAAAUCCGGAAGUACAGACAAAGGCCAGGCGAGUGAUUCAAGAGGCGUAUCAAAAACAUGGAACGUUUACAUACGAAAUGAUGUUGGACAUGCCAUACAUCGAUCACGUACUUCAAGGUCAGUGGCAAUUUGCUAAAUGCUGAAUCCCGACCGAUUCGACGGCGAGGAGGCGAAGCAACGAAAUUCCAUAUUAAGGCUACCAUUUGGUGAAGGUCCCAGAAAUUGAAUUGGACUACGUUUUGGAAUGAUGCAGGCACGCAUUGGUCUCGUCACCCUGUUGAAUAGUUUUGAAGUCUUAUUUUGCUCAAACACGGAUGUUCCUCUGGUUUUCGAAACAAAACCACUUAUUCUUACACCAAAGGGUGGCAUUCACUUGAACUUCAAAACUGUUAAAUGAUAAGAUUCCAUUUCAAAUUGGUUUCGGCAUAUAAAGGUCGUAUUAGCUGAAAUGCACCUAACACUGUUCUUCAUAAUUCUAUAUCGUAAAUGUUCAUAAUUUCACUAAAAAUAGUUCAAAUUUCCAUUAAAAAAAAACUUAUGACUAAAAACCUAAUAAUCGUUAAGAUAGUUGAAUUCUCUUUAUUUAAAUAAUACACAAUGAACGUUGUAGUGUCUAGCCGUGCCAUAAACAGAAGAGCUAGUUUUUGAUAUUUGUUUGAACAAAAAAAAAUCAUUUAAAAUUGAACAGGUUGUCAAGAUUGCUUUGUCAUUUGAUUCAUAUUAUUUUGAAGUAGAUUUUUGAUUUAAUUGAAUAAACUUAAGAUGAUAAUAUAAUUACAA